AUGACCGAGGGAAGAUUUCGGGUGCUGGUCAUGGUGUCCGGGGUGAAGGUGUGGGACCCCCUCCACGCGGGCCUGAUUCGCUCUCGUCUGAGUGAGCGACACCCCGCUUCCGGCUUCGCGCCGCCCUGCGCCCUCAUACAUCGCGUCGCCAAGGACGCCCCUUGCCGGCAGAGUCAGCGCCCGACGCCCUUGUCAUCGACUCGAGGAAGCGCCGAAGCCUUUCCGCCGGCCGCCGGCUCAAACCGGGCCGAACCGGACGCUCGCCGGGAAACCCGUCGGCCGGGGAUGAAGGGGAAAAGGCACGGCGGCCGAGGGGACGCGAUGAUGGAGGACAGGCCGGAAAGCGUGGCCGACGGGCCGAGAAAUGCAAAAAUCACCCUCAGCUUCCCGGUGAGCGCCGGGCCCCUCCCGGCCUCGCUGACGUCAUCCGGCUAUUGCCGUAACAGCGCGUCAUCCUCUUCCCCGCACAGACGCCGGCCUUCUUCUAAAAGCUCCGACGAGGGCUCUCUCUGGAAACUGGACUCCACCACGGACAUAAAGCACAGACCUUUUAAGCCCCCGAGGCACGACAGCUCGCCGUCCUCGUCACCCUCCUCCUCCUCGUCCCCAAUGACCGCUCACGCGCUGAUCGCCGGGAAGGACAUCAAAUCCCCGCCGCCGCUCAAGUGCUCCAAAGUGUCUCCGGAGACGCACUUUGCCAGACGGCCCAGAUCCUCUUCAGCCUGGGCGCCUCGGCCUACCAGAGAGGAGGCGGGGAGGCGGAGCGAAAGGAGAAGACGACGGGGCGUGCCACCCCCUCCUCCUCCUCCUCUUCCUCCUCCUCCGUCCGAGGGCCUCGGCGCGCCCCUCCGCGCCGCCUCCUACUCCCCCGCCGAAAGCGUCGAGCCUGAGCUGAUUUGCGGGGUGUGCCGCCGGCUCUUCAGCUCAGCCGCCUCGCUCACUGUCCACAUGCGGCUGCACCGCGGGAGCCGCGCCCUGGGCUGCCGCUUCUGCGGCAAAGUCUUCAUCCACAGCAAGAGGCUGCACUCUCACGAGGCCUCCUGCGGAGCGCAGGGCCCGCCUCCCAGGCCGGGCCCGUCUCUCGCCGUGCGGCCGAAGGAGGAGCCGCUGGAGGAGGGCGAGGUGCGAGCGGGGGAAGGGCGAACGGACGCGGGCGAGCCGAGGCCGGAGAUGAAAGGCGGCGACGACGACGCGUCGGCCGCCGAGCUGCCGGCCGGCGACCAGAGCCAUUUUGUGAAGGUGGUGGACGGCAACGUCAUUUACUUCUGCUCCGUGUGCGAGCGCUCCUACAUGACGCUGUCCAGCCUGAAGCGUCACUCCAACGUGCACUCGUGGCGCCGCAGGUACCCGUGCCACUUCUGCGACAAGGUCUUCGCCCUGGCCGAGUACCGCACAAAACACGAGGUGUGGCACACGGGGGAGCGGCGCUACCAGUGCAUUUUCUGCUGGGAUGCUUUCGCCACCUACUACAAUCUCAAAACUCACCAGAAGGCCAUCCACGGCAUCAAUCCCAGUCUCAUCUCCAGCGAGAAGACGGCCAACGGCGGCUACAAGCAGAAGGCCAACGCCCUCAAGCUCUACCGCCUCCUUCCCAUGCGCUCUCAGAAAAGACCGUACAAGACUUACAGCGAUUCUUUGCACGAUGCGCUGCUGAUGUCACCGGCCGAAGCCCCUCCCCACCCCCUGCCCGGACUGGGCUGCGCUCUGGGACCCGCGGACUUGCAAAGUUUCAUCGGCGGGGCCCGUCCUCAGAGCGUCAAGCCCGACCCCGAUCGCUUUUCCGGUCACGUCCCGGCCGCGGACGACGGCGACGGCUUCCCCCGAAGAACGGACCCGGCCCGACCUCGGAAACACGACGGCGAGGCCCACGGGUCGGAGCUGGUCCCGGGCUGCUCCAAAACGUCCGGUAGCUGCAAAACCAAAAGCCACAGAGCUGCCAGAGCCGCGGACUCCUCGAGCACGCCUUCCGUGAUCACAUACGGUCACCCGAAGCCCUCGGUCAUCGUUCACGGAACCGCCGUGUCGUCCUCCGUCAUCGUGCACAGCAAGCAGGUCGCCCCUGGAAGCGAGCAAAACGAGCUCCCCGACGUCAACGUCGGUCAGCACUCCCACAAGGGCGGCUCGAGGUCGUGCAAGAGGCCGCGGGAUUGCGCGGACGGCCACAGGAAGAGGUCCCGAGACAACUCGGAAGCGGCGACGCGGGAUACGCAGUCUGGCUGCGGGCCACGUUUGAAGUCCGGAAAGUCCCACGGCAAGAACGACCCAUCAAGGUCCGAGCCGUCGUCGCCGUCGGUGAGCUCGCCGGUCAAAGAGACGGGCCCGCUGUGCCAGAUCACCGUACGCAUCGGCGAGGAGGCCAUCGUCAAGCGGAGCAUCUCCGAGACGGACCUCAGGAGAGACAAAAGCCGCUCCCCCCCCAAAGCCAAGAAAGGCCCGGCGUCUUCGGGGAAGGCCGCCCAUCAUCCGCGCAAGCGCCACAUCCACCGGCGGGCUAGCCGGGGGCGGGAGGCCGACGCGGGAGGGGCGAGCAAGGAGCAGGCGGGGCAGAGCGCGGGCAACUCCUCCGACGAGUUGAGGGAGUACGACUUUCGCCGAAAGGUGCGCGAGCAGGAGAGCGACCACGACACGGAGGACAAUCUCUGGCGACCCUACUACUCCUACAAGCCCAAGAAAAAGGCCCAGGCCCACCUGCAGAGGUUCAAAAGCUGGCAGCGAAAGCUCAAGUUUAAGCGCGCUCUGCGGCUGAAGAGGAGAGCGGAAAGGCUGAAAAAGCGCGGCGGCACUUCACACGACGACGAGGAGGAGGGCGGAAAGCCGUCGGGGGCUGACGAGCAGGGAUGCGGAAGAGACGCGAAACCAGCCAAGGACGGCCGCGCGGAGCUCGCCGCCGCUUCGCCGCCAUCCCCCAAGCCUCCCCUCGCCACCGCCGUCGCUCCUUCGGGACUGAAAAGGCGGCCUUGGACCACCGGAAACGUGGCCGAGUGCGCCACCUGCGGCUGCUGGUUCUCCAGCUCCAGCAAGCGGGACCAGCACGAACUGAGUCAUCUUCUGGAGUUCGUGUGCCUCUUCUGCAGAGCCGCGUUCCCUUCCAGGGACAAGUUGGAGGACCACCAGAGAAUCCAGCACCCCAAGCCCGCCGACACGUCCUCGGCCCUUCAGAAAACGCCGCUCGCCGAACAAGCCGACGCGCCCAAACCCGAAAAGGAGCUUCAAGUGGACUCGAGCCAUUCCAGUCCCGCUCGGCUGAGCAGGAGAGCCUUGUCACGCCACACCUGCCCGCAAUGUCACAAGGUCUGCAAGACGUCCUCUGCGCUCAGCCGGCACAUCCGUCGUCACGAAUUCGGCACUUCUCCGGGGAGGGAAAAGGAAGAGGACGUUCCGCCGCCCGAAGCCGCGGCCGCCAGCGGAGACGCGCUCCCUCCCAAAGGCCAAGUUGUCUCGGUCAUCAGCUAUUCGACCGCCGACCCCCCGAAAAGCGCCGAGCCUUCAUCGUCACCGGACCGCUGCGGCGAACCGACGACCCGGCGCCGGCAAGCCGUAACCGCCGACGGGCCGGAAGCGGCCGAGCGCGCGGACCCGAAACCCGAGGGCAAGAGCGGCCCAAAGAUGAACGAGAGCCCGGUGAACCUUACGCCCGCCAAAGCGCGCCUCGCCCCGGCCACGCCCCCUACUCUCCAGAGCGUGCUGGUCAUGAACCGGCCCGAAUGUUUGGACUACCGCACCCCGGGCAAACGCAGCUUAGACAGGCUGGCGAACCCCGCGCACAGCAUGGCGGCCCCGAACGCCUCCUCCGAUGUGCCCGAGGCGCCGCAGACCAGAAUAACCGCGGCUGCUCCCCCUGUUUCCAUGGCAACCGUUCACGGCUCCGGUCGGGGAUUCGUGACGCGAGACGGGGUCAUUAUGGACAGAGAGAGGCAGGCCCGCAGCGCUAUGUUUGCGCACACCGGCUUCAAGGGACCCCCCCCCUCGGUCCAAGAUCUCCAAGUCCAGUCCCGAUCCCGCAGUACGUCUCCCAGUGAAGCACAAGACCUGACCAUGUCGUCCAUACUCGCUCGAGAGAGAGAGAUGGAGAGGCAAACGCUACGAAAGCGGGAGCUGGAGAAGCGCCGAGACAGGGGGAAGGACAAAGACCGAGGGAAAGACGCGGAGGCGGUCCAGCGCACGAGGCAACCUGAACAGACCCCGGCGGACCAAACGGCCCUGUUAGUUCCUAAAGAGGAGCCUUUGAGUCCCGUGCCGUCCCCCCAGCGCAUCCCCUGCCAGUCUCAGACCGGUACAAACGGCCCCCCGUUGCGCAGACACACCGCGAAGUCCCCCUGCCGCCCCGCACUCUUAGCCGCGGCCAGCCAGCAGGCCCAAGAACUGGACCGGCUCACGUCGCCCGGCGGGGGGGAGCGGCCCUCCGCCCACGCUCUCCUCCUGCCGCGGCCGCCGAAACCGCCUGAGCCCGAGCGCCGGGAGACUUCCAGGGACGCGCAGCACGCGGAGCCGGCGCCGGCGUGCUACCCUCACCAGGAUUACCCCCUUCCCCUGAUCGCGCCGGACAACUAUCGGCCGGCAAAGAAGCAGCAAGACAACGUGCUUGUGUCCUCCUACCCGACCGGCGCGCUUCCCUUCGGCCCGCUGGGAAAGAUGAUGGUCCCAAAUGGCGCCGACUUGGCCAAGCUGCCCUUCUAUCCGGACCCGUACCAGCUCCUCUACGGGUCCCAGCUUCUGGCCUACCCGUACAACAUGGCGGCGCUUCCCGUGGCGCUCAACAUGGUGGCGCCUGGCGCGGACAAGGUGGAGCCUCUGCCCUUUCUGCCGGCCAUCUUCAACUACGCGGCCGGCGCGGGGCCCUACGUGGGCGCGGCGCCGCACCCGCUGGUGGCCAACCCCAGCUUCUACGGCGGCGGUGGCAAGAAGCAACGAGACGGCAGCGGUCACAAACCAUAGCAGGCCAAAAGGAUUCUUUUUCGAGGAUAGGACUGGGGAGUGAAGGGGUGUGGCCAUCGUUCACGUGACCUCUCAGCACCUCCUUCCUCCCACCUUUGUUCUCUGCUGUUUCGCCGUCGUGUGUCGUAGUUCUAGAACUUGAUGCUCUUAUCGUGACUAUUCGAAUAAGCACUGCGUACAGGGUGUGUUUUUCCGGCGCCUGAGAGCGAAGCGACUCCAAGCCAGUUUUUCGCACUGCUUGCAAAAAGUUUGGGAUCUUGGGCUAAAAUUCAGGAUGGGCGGGGAGGGAAAUCACCUUCACAUUUGAACUCUGGCUGCUAAAAUCUCACCCCAACGCCCGAUUUUGUGAGUCGUGAAUGUGAAGCGUACGGGCAGGAACCUCCCCAGAUGUGCUGCGGCGGUGCGCGCUUGUGUGGAGGACAGCUCGUAGGUCGCGCGCUGCGACGAAUGCGCCGUCCGCCCUCUCGCCGGCGUCGAAAGCGCGCGUGCAGAAGGGAGACGUCGUCCGGAAGAGUGCACGACUGCUCGUCUUGACACACCGUGUGACUUUGUGUGGCCGGACGACACUGUAGGAUGUGUAUAGCCUAGUUUCACAAAAAUAGUUGCGUCGGGAGUGGGCGUGGGGGGGGCGGGGGGCACAUGUAGCUGCUUUGGAUAUGUAGCUGGUCACUGGGUUAAGAAAUGCAGGCUGGUAACUCUUGCACUUCCCUUCUUCAUCUCACUUUCUUGACAAAAGAGAGGAAAUGCAAUGCCGCCCCUCCCCCACCCCCGCCCCCUUCCAAACUCCCUACUUGGAGUCGAUGGAG